AAUUUUCAUUUUUGGGUGAACUAACCCUUUAAGAGUCCUCAGCAGUAAAGAAAAACUUUGGGUCACUGGAGUGGAGAAAUGGCAGGUGACAAAACUACAUCUGAGGAUGUGCGCUCCUCCAGAGUCAUCAGGGUGGUUUUCUUGGCACUGCUGCUUGACUUGCUGGGUUUCACAUUAAUACUUCCCCUGCUCCCCUCCAUCUUGGACCACUACAGUCAAACUGGGGACAGUGUGUAUCAGUCAUUACAGAGCGUAGUCGACUGGUUCAGAGGGGCGGUUGGAGUUCCUAUGGAAACGAAAUAUAACAGUGUUCUUUUUGGAGGUCUGAUAGGCUCUCUCUACAGUUUGCUACAAUUUCUGUCGUCGCCCAUUACUGGGGCUCUUUCAGAUGAUUAUGGAAGAAAACCACUGCUGCUGUUAACAACCGUAGGUCUCAUGGCAUCCUACAUUCUGUGGGCUUUCUCUCACAGUUUUACCGUUUUUCUGCUGUCUCGAGUG